AUGGCACAGAAGACAAAACGUCGCACUGUGGUGCAAAAUGAGGCGAGCAGAGGGCAAAGUCUGACGGACAAAGAUCUAAUCGAGAUGGAGGAGAAGGACGAACUGCAGCUGGACACCGUGGAAACGCACGAAAAGGACGUCCACGGCGUGGACAGUAGUGAGCUGGUCUACUCGUACAAGUGGAGUGAAAUCGUCUGGCGGAAUGUCAUCCUUCUCGGCGGGCUGCACAUCGCCGCCGUCUACGCCUGGUUCCUCUUCAUGAUCGACGACAGCAUCAAGUGGCAGACCAGCGUGGCCACCUUUGUCUUUGGUCUCUUCUCCUCGUCGCUCGGCAUCACCGCCGGGGCACACAGAUUGUGGAGUCACAGAGCCUACAAGGCUAAAUGGCCGCUAAGACUUCUUCUUGCAUUUGCCAACACCAUGGCUCUGCAAAAUGACAUCUACGAGUGGUGUCGUGAUCAUCGAGUGCACCACAAAUUUUCAGAGUCCAAUGCCGACCCGCACAACUCUCGACGAGGGUUCUUCUUUGCUCAUAUGGGAUGGCUUCUACUGAAAAAGCACCCCGAUGUACGGGAAAAAGGUCAAAAGAUUGACCUCUCCGAUCUGUGGGCUGACCCGAUAGUUCGUUUUCAGCGACGUUUCUACAUUCCACUGAUCAUCCUCAUCUGGGGCUUCAUUCCCACUUUCAUUCCGUACUACUUGUGGGGCGAGAAGCCAAUUUACGCCUUCCUUGGCUGCGUUUGCUUCCGCUACGUCUACGUCCUUCACUGUACUUGGCUGGUAAACAGCGCCGCCCACCUGUCCGGUCACCGGCCAUACAACAAGAACAUUGAACCGCGGGAAAACAACUCCGUUGUGUACCUUGCUUUUGGAGAGGGCUACCACAACUACCACCACACCUUUCCCUGGGACUACUCCGCCUCAGAGCACGGCUUUCGCUACAACUUCAACAUCACCACUCUGCUGAUUGACUUCUUCGAGGUGAUCGGCCUGGCAUACGACC